AACGCUCCGCGUCGAAUCAGUCUUCGAGCAACAAGUUUCGGAAGAGGUUCACUUUUCGUUGCGUAUCGCGUUUUGCGCGAACUCUCUCACACCGUGUCAUCAGCGCAUUUUAAUUUUAGAACUUUGCGUUGUUUUUCGGGAACCGGUUGGUGUUUUGGAUGCUGUGUUUUAGAAAGAAAAAAAGAUAGUGGCCCAUCUCAGCUGACCGGGUGGUGUUGCUAAAUUUGAGAAGAUUAGGAGUGUCGCGAGCGCGAAGUCAAUGGUCUACAUAUGAACAUCUCGCUUUCGUUCUCGGCGAAAUACAAAAGUGUAAUUACCGCUUUAAUAACAACUGAUAACACGGCGGAGCCGACAAAUGAGGCAAUUGCGAAUCGAAGGAAUAUCCAAUGAAGGAAAAGCAGCCAGCUUGAGCGCAUAAUUUUCGGGGAUGAGUUCCGAGCGGUAGUCACCGGUUGAGGCUAUUCGCGUACGGUACGGGCGCGUCUCGCGAGUGCUGAAGGUUCUCUUGUAAUGUGUUGAAGGUAGUUUGCGUUUAAAUUGCGUGCCAUUGAUGUUAGAAUCAUCGCGGAAAAAAGUGAAAAAUACACAGAAAAAGUGCAGUGGAAAGCUCAGUAACAACACAGGAUAAUUCAGUGUUCAAAAAUUAGCUGUGAAUCUUCACUUUCAUUGAUACUCGAGCAGAGAAUGCCUAUGAAAGAAUGGAUCUACCGUCUACAACCGGUACAGCUGUACAUCGUGCUGGCAAUGUCAAUCGUGUACUUUCUGGUGCAACUCUUCCUGAGUCACAUUUCGCACGCGUUGGUGCUGCUGGUGGAUUCGUACCAUAUGCUGUGCAACAUCAUAGCCCUCACCGGGUGCCUUCUAACUAUAAAGCAUAGCAAACGGGCUCCAACAGCUGAAGCCUGUCGGCAGCAUUUGACGGCCUCACAAAACUCGCUGAACCCCGAUGAAGAUCGCUUCAUCGAGAUCCCGGUGGCGACAGGUGACGACGCCUCUAGCGUUGCAACGGGACGGGAGCUCACACCCACAGCUGAGGAAUCCAGUCCGGAGAAGGUGAAGCAGAAGGUCAAGGCCAAAACCCGCCAGCAGCGGGAGAACAGCUUGCGCAACACAUUCGGCUGGACCCGAAUCGAUGUGCUCACGAUGCUGGUGGUGUGCAUCUUUCUGGCCUCGUUUUGCUUCUCGGCUGUGGUGGAAGCACUGCAGACGUUGUCCCACAUUCACCAUCAGGACACAAUGCACUUCCCCAUUCCAGUACUCACACUCGGUGCCAUGGGAAUCAUACUGAAUGGAUUCUGUUAUCUGCUGAUCGGUGGCUAUACGUAUCACCAGGGCAGUUUCCUGUACAUCACAUCCAACGGAAAUGUUGUGCUCGAUCGCGUCGUCACCGGAGACGGAAUUCGGAAGGGGGAGAGGCGUCUCUCCAGCUCCAGGAAACAAGUGGCCUCCCCAGCUGGGGGAGGACUACAAUAUGCCUCAUCCAAGCGCCAGGGUGUACGAGAAAUGAUGAGAGAUAUUUGUAGUACGGUAUUUGUCAUAGUGUGUUCAAUGAUCGUGCAUUAUACGAACGAAGACGAGGAAACUUCCAAGUUUGCAGACCCAGUGUGUUCGAUCCUGUCCUGUGUCGUUCUAAUGACACUCAGCUAUCCAUACAUGAAAGAAUCCGGCAUGAUACUGCUGCAAACAAUACCGGACACGAUCGACAUAGAAAUCUUCAAGGAAUCCCUGCUGCGAACUUUCCCCGAUAUUGUCAGUGUCCAUGACCUGCACAUUUGGCAGCUGAGCGCGAACAAAUACGUCUCCACGGCGCACAUCAUAUUCGAAAGUCCAAAGGUAUACUCAGCCAUCAACGAUCCCGUGAUCGACUUCUUCCACGAGCAGGGCAUCAACCAAGUUACCAUACAGCCAGAGUUCAAAGCGAAACUGCCAGUGUUGCCACUGCUGGCGGCUCCGACAAAAUCAUCCGUAGUCACCGGCACAACUAGCAGUUUAUGUUUGAUGCAGUGCAGACAGGAAGGCUGUUUACAGCGUCAUUGCUGUGACAAUAUCGUUGGUGAUGGUACCGCAAAAACCUCGACACCGGACAAAGUGAGCAACAGCAACGUGAAUACCACGCCAACAACAACCAGGGAAAAAAUCGAAGAGAUACCAUUGGAAGUACAAACCAAUCUUGAAGCAGGGACUACCAGCCGUUGUAACACCAUAAUCGCAGUGCCAAAUGAAGCAGAAAUCAUCACCAAAACCAUCCCAACGACACUGGCAAUAGAGAACGAAGCUCAAACCACCUGCGCCAGUGACCACUCCGCUUCCGCUGCCGAUGAAAACCGCGUCCACUAGCGAAGGACAUCGUUAGCUCUAGUACAAAUCCAGUAAGACUGAAUCCCAGCAAGUAAGGAAGAGCGCAGGCACAAGUCGACACAACCCGUUACGCUUAUUGCAGAUUCAAAGUUUUAACUUUUAAGUUCGGCUUUUGGUCACGCAAAUCGGACUUGGAACAUGGGAUAGUGACCCGUGUAUGUGUCUUAGAUGUCUUGACCACUAGCUGAAUUAAAUGGUAUGUAUUUUAUUUAGGUGUUCAACUUUGUGAUAGGUUAGUGAGCGACGACAACGAAUUAGGCCAUACCAGAUCUAACUUUAACUACUAGACUGGGUGAGAAAAUAAGCGUAUGUUGUUAGAGGUAUUAUUUUAGGAAUGAUACGGAGAUCUCUGUAUAGGUAUGUUUUUAAUACUUUUGCAUUUCAGUAGUUUUUUUAGUGUUAGGUAAAAAUACAAACAACACUAAUUCGACUAAGCGA